AUGGAGACCCGUUCUGUCUCGGCUGUGGUUCUGCUCCUUGUCUCUCUGGGCUUCAGGAUCCAGGAGGGCAUGUGCCAGCACUACUAUCUCCUCCGGCCCGUCCCCAGCGACACCCUGCCCGUGGCGGAGCUGCAGGAGGACCCGGACCCGGGGCUGGACCCGCAGGAGAAGGACCUGAAUGAGACGCAGCUCCGCAGCGCGCUGGGCAGACACUUCGACCCGCACUUCAUGUCCGUGUCCCCCCCGGAGGACAAGUCCCCGGAGGACAAGUCCCCGGGGAGCGAGGAUGCGAGCGACGCGGAGAUGAGAACGGAUCUCUCCGGGCUGAUGCCCUCAGAGAUCCGGGCCAUGGAGUUCCAGGUCCCGCACGGGAAGCAGCAGAAGCCGAGUAGGAAGCUCCGGAGGCGGCUGCAGCUGUGGCUGUGGUCCCGGGGGUCCUGCCCGGUGCGGUCCGCCUGGAGCGACCUGGGGAACCGGUUCUGGCCUCGCUACGUGAAGCUGGGCCGCUGCCUCAGCAGGGGGUCCUGCUCGGUGCCGGAGGGGAUGCUCUGCAGACCCUCCAGGUCCACGCACUGCACCGUCCUGAGGUGGCGCUGCCUGCAGAGGAGAGGUGGUCUGAGCUGCUCCUGGAUCCGGGUCCGGUACCCGGUCGUCUCACGGUGCACGUGCGCGUGUCCGAACUGA